GCGUGGGAUUUGUCAAUAGGAUUGUUCUGUUUCAGUGAACGCAGUUGUGUCGCACAGUGUCUGUACAGUAUUUAUAUUUUUAGAGUGUUCAAGAAACAUUUGUAUAAGAAUAUCAAUUUAUGAAUACAGGAACAAUAUAUGCAAGGAAAUAGGAAUAUUAUGCAUAUUUUGAUUAUGCGACCAACUAGGUCAAAAAUGUUGGAAGUAUUGGUGGUCGCUACGUCGUUCGUGCUCUUGGCCUGUGGCGUGGAAUUCGCUACAGUAGACGCCGCAUCUGACGUGAAAUCCAUACCAGCAAUUUAUUGGAAUAUAUCUGACCCUAUAUUCAAGGCAGGAUCGAACUACGUUCAAUAUGUGGAACUUGAGCAGAAAAUGGACAUCAUAUGUCCAUUACGUCAGCCCAAGCAACCAAACGGAUUAUAUUAUUUUAUAUUAUAUCAAGUUACAAGGGAAAAUUAUUUGAGUUGCAACACAAAAGGUCAAAAAAAGUUGUUAACGUGUGACGAUCCUGACGAGGAAAAGAAAUAUACAUUUCUUUUCAACGAUAUAUCUCCUUCACCUUGGGGACUAACUUUUCAUGCCGACGAAACAUAUUAUUUCAUAUCAACUUCUGACGGGACUGUUUCUGGCAUUAAAAACGAGAAAGGAGGAGCAUGCACGGAGAAGAACAUGCGUCUUAUGAUUACAGUCAAAGAAAAUGGUAAACGCAAUAAAGAUGUUCCAAAGACAAUCGUACCUGAUGUACAUAAACCACCGUCACCAACGGUAUUGCCGAGACCAAUUAACACCAUCCGACACACGUAUAAAGAAAACAUAAACGAAAAUACUGAUACUGAGGAAGGCGGAGGCGGUGGCAAAAGGGAAAGCAACAACACUGAACUAGUGAACAGUAAUGGACUAGUAAUCGGCGUCGUCCUUGGCGCUUGCGCAGUAUUGUUUAUUGUAUUAUUGGGUUUUUUGGGAUACAAAGUUUAUCGAAAGCGACGACACGUCAAGAAAUAUCAGCACCACCCAGGAAUCGUCGCCAGCAGGAGUCCUACUCCACAAACUCAAGUCACCCUAAUGCGCAUUCCCUCGCACCAAGCUGCUCAGCUUCGCGUGCAUUCAACAGGGAGGCCGAACAGUCAUCACCACCAUUUAGAAAUACAAGAUUUACCCGCGCCACCGCCGUAUAACGAAACUAUGAUGGAUCACGCAGGUUCAACAAUGGAAGUUUGAUAGCUUUACAAUCAUAUAUUGCAACACUAAAGUUCCAGAAUGUUCAAUAAGUAUGCUGAUCGCCGAGAAUAAAGUCCGCAUGAGUAGGACUUCGCGACAGGGUACAAUUACCGGCCGAAAACUGAGCGCUCGAUUUGGCCAAUACAAACGAAAUACCGAACAGUGUUACUGAUGGAAAAGCGAUGCAACAGCCUGCAUUAAGCCACUUAAAACGAUUAAAGGGUCCAAAUUCGUCUGCCAAAGGCGCCGACGAUUAACAUAUCGAUCCGAAAGCAACUUGUGCAGGCUUGGCGUAUUUCACAGAACAUUUAAGCGAGGUUUUAUCAAGAGAAUUGACGUUUUUGUAUUUGCAAAAAGCAAAUUUUCACACGGAUUUAAUUUCAGUGAAUACGUUCGAUAUUCACAGAGUCACGAUUAUUUGCUAACAGGAUUUCGACACGAAUAGCACUUGGAAAUAUCAGUAAUAAGUCUGAUUUUUUUUCGAUUUUCCAUUUCUCGCAUGUUCGUGUGAAAUAUAACAGUUUUCUCGGAAAUUCAAAAUAAAUGAUGUGUUUGUGUAAUUCUUUGCAUAAAUUAGGCAAAAAAUCGAUUUUUGAACCACAAUUGCUUUCAAUCAUUGCAUAGAUAAAAGACUUACAAUUUCUGCUUUCAUAUUUGCAGACGAUAUACCAUAUUUCAUGUGUUUUAUAAUCGAUUUGCCUUAAAUAUUGAGUUUCGCACUUUUUUCGUUUUUAUGUUAUUUUAUUGUGUUAUUUUUCUUUUCUUUGCUAAACAAAUUAUUUCUAAUCAACAACUAUAAUACCGCUUCUUCAUUUGUUUAUUAUUCCUUUAAUCUUUUUUUCCUACUUUUUUGCCAUUUAAAUUGUUUUUCAAAAAGAUAGUAUUCUAUCAACCAAGUCAAAAAUUUGUUGUUAAAUAAACGUCACCAACUAUAAAGUCAUCAUCUCCGUCCAAAAUCGAUUUCUCAUAAAGCAAAUUAAAUUUGCGUUUGAUGACGUCAUCGUGACGUCUAUAAACAAAAUAGUAUAUGUUGUAUUUAGUGGGUGAUGUUUUUUGCGACUUUUACCUGCUUUUACCGCUUAUCCAUGAGAGAUGAGAUGCUAUGCUUAAGCCUAUAUUUUAUAAUUCUAUAAUUUUCAUCGCAUUGAAAAUUUUUCAAUUCCUACAUAUCUUAUAUAUAAAUACCGAUGGGUCAUAGAAAAGUCUCGCUGAAAACUAGCAAUUUUUUCGUUGAAAAUAUUAACUCACAAGUUGAAAUAGGUUUUUUGUUAGUAAUAUUGUCAAUUUAUGAUUUAUCAAGCUAGAGUUAAUGCCUGGCUUGUGAGUAAAUACUUUAUAACCAUAUUUUCAGUAUGGAAUCGUUCAUGCCAUACACGACAUGUAAAUGGAUAUCGACUAGAUGGCAAACGACUGCAGCGGCGCCAGGUAUUUUUCAGUGGUUACUGACCGAAAAGCUUGCGAUGGUAACCUAAUUUGACGCCAUCUUUGACAGUUCGCUUUCUAUCCGUCAUCUGAUAAUUUAAUGGCGGGGUGAGAUAAAGUUUUGAACAAAGUUUAAAUUUUCGAUCCGUCGGUUGUUUUCGUCGAACGCGAAAGGCGAGAUGAAAUUCUUACCGCAAGAAUGCUAAUGACCUCUGUAGAAAUUCUAUAUUUUCGUGUCACUGCACAUGCGCUAAGACGUGGGGGAAAACUGCUUUAAAACAGUUUUGCGUGUUUGUCGAGAUGGUGUGAAGCAAGAAUGCUGAGAUGUCGCGACUGGUUCAAAUUUACAAAAGUCUGUUUGUGGCGGUUCGUGCUUAUAAUCAGGAAAUCAAAAACUGCAGUGUAGAAUACUUUGGAAAAAAUCGCAAUUUUUUUUAAAAUUACAUACUAGGGUAAAUGUAUAUUGAUAUCCCAUCCACGAAGAGAUCACAUGAAUUCCGAUUAGGGCCUUUCUCUACCUAACUAAUAAAAGUUAUAGGUCAACAGGUUAGCGAAAAAAAUAUAUAUUUUCAAGAAUGUUAUGUUACUAUUAUAUAUGGCGAUGGGACAAUGUAAAAUCACGCCCCAUUUUUCUGUGGCCGGAGAUGAAUUUUUCAAUUUCUUUUCUAAUUUUGACUGAUUUGUUAUUUUGCUGAAUUUCGUUGCCAAAUAUUUUCUCUAAUACAAUGAUGAUGCAGUCUAUCUA